AUGUAUCAGAACACCUGUCCCAUGAUACACUCACCUGAUGGAGACACAUUUUUGUUUUUAUAUUACUACAGGUAUUCUUCAAGGAGACACAUUUGCGUCUUCUUUUCAGCAUCAGUCUUGACUGUGUGCCGAGAAAAAGCCCGAAAUAAGAACUUACAGGUCGGCUUCAUUCUCACUGAACCAAAAAGCAGACGCUAUCGAGCCAAAAUCACUUAUGCUGGCUCUGCUGACGACCUAACGGUACUGGCUGGCAACUCCAAAUCUCGAAGAAGCCCUCAAGAAGAAUCAACCAAAUUUAUAAAUCCGGGGGUGGGGGAUAAGCCAGAUAACGUUGUUUUCAUCACCUCUCUGUCUCUCUUCCUUUACCUCGAUGUAUCGGUGAAAGAGAGCCACUCUACACCUCUCACAACCUGCUUCUCUGUUUCUGAGAAAGAGACCCUCCAUCUAUCUGUGUCUCAGAUUCGGAGAAAAAGACCCUCACCUUAUCUACGUAACCGUCCAAUCUCUCUAUCUGCACACCAUCUUUUUAUCUACGUCUCUGUCUUGGGGAAAAGACAACCUCUUUAUCUACGUCUCUGUCUCGGAGCAAGAGACCCUCUCUCUAUAUGCAUCUCUGUCUCUGAAAAAAAACCCUCUCUCAAUCUACAUCUAAGUCUCGGGGAAAAGGAGACCCUCUCACUAUCCACGUCUCUGUCUUGGGUAAAGAAACCCUCUCUCUAUCUGCGACUCUGUCUCGCGGAAAGAGACCAUCGCUCUAUCAGCGUCUCUGUUACCGAGGGACGCCCUUCUCUAUCUGCUUUUCAGUCCCGAGAAAAGAGAACCUCUUUUAUCUGCGUCUCUGUCUCAAAGGAAGAGACCCUCUCUCUCUCUCUCUCUCUCUCUCUCUCUUUGCGUCUUAUUCUCGGGGAAAGAGACACUCUCUCUAUCUGCGUCUCGGUCUCGAAGAAAGAGAACCUCUCCCUAUUUGCGUCUCGGUCUCGAAAAAAGAGAGACUCUCUCCCUCUCCCUCUCUCUCUCUCUCUCUCUCUCUAUCUAUCUAUCUAUCUAUCUGUGUCUCGAUUCCUCCUCUCCCCAGCCCAAGGUGGAAAUAUUAAAACUCUUAGGUAUCACCAAAGAUAUCUUGUGGAGUCUUAA